AUGUCCGCCACGCGUGGCAAUGGGGAGCACUGGAAAUCCCUCGAGUCGGUGGGCAUCAGCCGCAAGGAGCUGGCGCUGGCCGAGGCCCUGCAGAUGGAGUACGACGCGCUGUCGCGCCUGCGGCAGGACAAGGACAAGGAGGAGAGCCGCGCCAAGCAGCGGGGCGAGCGGCCCCUCAUCUCCUGGGACGACCCCGCAGAGCCCAACGGCUGCGCCGGCAUCAAAGCGGCACGGGGCCUCUCCGGCUCCGACCCCACGCUCAGCUACAACCCCCCGGCAGUGCCAGAGGGGUCCCCGGCACCCCGGCCCCCUCCCGGGCCGCCCCCCCGGCCGGACAGCCAGCCCUGGCUGAAGGCUCCGCUGGCCAGGGACUACCUGUACAUCUUCGACGGCUCGGAGGGGGACUUCCUCGGGGAGCCCCUCAACGGCACCUCGCCCCCCGACGGCGGGGGCAGCUCCCCCAAAAAGCUCUCGCCGCCCCCGCUGCCCCCCCGGCACUCCAUCUGGAGCCCCCCUGAGGGCAGCCAGCACCCGGGGAAGGGGUCCCCCCCGUCCUCCAAAGCGCCCCAGCCCAGGGACAUCAACAUGUUCUCGCACGAGCGGGCGCACGGCAAGCUGCUCGCCCGGCGCAUCUCCGAGGAGGACCCCUACGGCCUCGCCGACUACGAGGGCAUCAACGACGCCAUCACCUGCCUCAACCUCAAGUCCACCUACGAGUCGCAGGUGCUGCGGGAAGCCUCCCGGGGCUGGAAGGAAGGCAGGAGCAUCUUCGAGAAGGAGUCGAGCGGCAAGCCGGUGGCGCGGAGCAAGACCAUGCCCCCCCAGGUGCCCCCGCGGACCUACGUCUCCCGCUUUGGCAACAGGAAGAAUCUGGCCCCGAACAAGAACCGCAGGAUCUCCGUCGAUCCGGUUGCCCCCCGGCCGCACUCCUUAGCCAACGGCUACGAGCUCUUCGAGGUGCAGGAGGAGCGGGACGAGGAGGUGGCUGCUUUCUGCCACAUGCUGGACGUGCUGCGGUCCGGCCCCAGCACCAAGGAUUAUUCCCUGACCGGCUUCGUGUGGAGCGCCGUCAGCCUCAGCCCCGAGCACCUGGGGCACGGCGUCAGCCUGAAGGUGACGGUGGUGUGUGACAGCCUGCGGGAGCCCCUCACCUUCACCUGCGACUGCUCGUCCACCGUGGACCUGCUCAUCUACCAGACGCUGUGCUACACGCACGAUGAGCUGCACGCCGUCGACGUCGAGGAUUUCGUGCUCAAGCUCUGCGGCUUGGAGGAAUUCUUGCAAAACAAGCACGCGCUGGGGAGCCACGAGUACAUCCAGCACUGCAGGAAGUUCGACAUCGACAUCCGCCUGCAGCUGAUGAGGAGGAAGGCUGUGCGCAGCGACCUGGCCCGCACGGCCAACGACGACCAGAGCCCAUCCACCCUCAACCACUACAUCCACCUGCAGGAGAGGCCCAUCAAGCAGACCAUCAGCAGGCAGGCGCUGAGUCUCCUCUUCGACACCUUCCACAACGAGGUGGAUGCUUUCCUGGCAGCUGAGGGAGACUUCCCGCUGAAGGCGGAGCGGGUGAUCCAGUCGGUCAUGGCCAUCUGCAACGCCCUGGCCGCCGUCGAGUCCCAGGAGAUCACGGCCGCCCUCAACCAGAUGCCCCCCUGCCCCUCCCGCAUGCAGCCCAAAAUCCAGAAGGAUCCAAAUGUCCUGGCCAAGAGGGAAAAUCGAGAGAGGAUCGUGGAGAGCCUGACGGCCGCCAUCCUCGACCUGGUGGGGCUCUACUGCAGCACCUUCAACGCCGACUUCCAGACGGCCGUGCAGGGGAGCCGGGAGCACGGCGUGGUGCAGGAGGCCUGCCUGCUCUCCUGCCCGCUCUCCUUCACCGUCUACGCCACCCACCGCAUCCCCAUCACCUGGGCUGCCAGCUACGAAGAUUUCUACCUCUCCUGCUCCAUCACGCACGGCGGCAAGGAGCUGUGCAGCCCGCUGCACACCAGGAAGGCCCACGUCUACAAGUACCUCUUCCACCUCAUCAUAUGGGACCAGCAGAUCUGCUUCCCCGUCCAGGUGAACCGGCUGCCGCGGGAGACGCUGCUCAGCGUCACGCUCUUCGCCGUGCCCGUGCCCCCCCUGGGGAGCUCCUCCGACACCAACAAGCAGCGGCGGGCCCCCGAGGCGCUGGGCUGGGUCACCACCCCGCUCUUCAACUUCAGGCAGGUCCUGACCUGCGGGCGAAAGCUUUUGGGCUUGUGGCCGGCGACCCAGGACAACUCCAGAGCCAGGUCGAGUGCCCCCAACUUCAACCAGCCCGACAGCGUCAUCCUGCAGAUCGACUUCCCCACCUCCGCCUUCGACGUGAAGUUCACGAGCCCGCUGGCGGCCGAGGUCAGCCCCAAGUACGAAUUCGGCAGCCUGGGUGAGGAGGACCAGCGCAGGCUGCGGGAGGCGAUGCAGAAGAAAUCGCUCUACUGGUUGACGGACGCCGACCGCAAGCGGCUGUGGGAGAAGCGCUACUACUGCCACGCGGCGCCCGGCGCGCUGCCCAUGCUGCUGGCCAGCGCGCCCAGCUGGGAGUGGGCCUGCCUGCCCGACAUCUACGCCCUGCUCGGCCAGUGGACCUGCAUGAGCCACCAGGACGCCCUGGGGCUCCUGCACGCCACGUUCCCGGACCAGGAGGUGAGGAGGACGGCCGUGCAGUGGAUCGACUCCAUCUCCGACACGGAGCUGCUGGACUACCUGCCCCAGCUGGUGCAGGCCCUGAAGUACGAAUGCUACCUGGACAGCCCAUUGGUGCGCUUCCUCAUGAAGCGGGCAAUCUGCGACCUGAAAAUCACCCACUACUUCUUCUGGCUGCUGAAGGACGGCCUGAAGGAUUCCCAGUUCAGCAUCCGCUACCAGUACCUGCUGGCGGCUCUGCUGUGCUGCUGCGGGAAGGGGCUGCGGGAGGAAUUUGACCGGCAGUGCCUGCUGGUCAACACCCUGGCCAGGCUGGCCCAGCAAGUGCGGGACGCCGCGCCGUCUGCUCGCCAGGGCAUCCUCCGCGAGGGGCUGGAGGAGGUGAAGCAGUUCUUCAAGGCGAACGGCUCAUGCCGGCUGCCGCUCAGCCCCAGCCUGCUGGUGAAGGGGAUCGUGCCCCGGGACUGCUCCUAUUUCAACUCCAACGCCGUCCCCCUGAAGCUCUCCUUCCAGAACGUCGAUCCCCUCGGGGAAAAUAUCCGGGUCAUCUUCAAGUGCGGCGACGACCUGCGGCAGGACAUGCUGACGCUGCAGAUGAUCCGGAUCAUGAACAAGAUCUGGGUGCAGGAGGGGCUGGACAUGCGCAUGGUCAUCUUCCGCUGCUUCUCCACAGGCCGUGGACGAGGCAUGGUGGAGAUGAUCCCCAACGCCGAGACCCUACGCAAAAUCCAGGUGGAGCACGGCGUGACGGGCUCCUUCAAGGACCGGCCACUGGCAGACUGGCUGCAGAAACACAACCCCGAGGAGGAUGAGUACGAGAAGGCCGUGGAGAACUUCAUCUACUCCUGCGCCGGCUGCUGCGUGGCCACCUACGUGCUGGGGAUCUGCGACCGGCACAACGACAACAUCAUGCUCAAGACCACCGGCCACAUGUUCCACAUCGAUUUCGGCAGGUUCCUGGGCCACGCUCAGAUGUUCGGCAACAUCAAGAGGGACCGGGCCCCGUUUGUCUUCACCUCGGACAUGGCGUACGUCAUCAAUGGCGGGGACAAGCCCUCCAGCCGCUUCCACGACUUCGUCGACCUGUGCUGCCAGGCUUACAACCUGAUCCGCAAGCACACCCACCUCUUCCUCAACCUGCUGGGGCUGAUGCUGUCCUGCGGCAUCCCCGAGCUCUCCGACCUGGAGGACCUCAAGUACGUCUACGAUGCCCUGAGGCCACAGGACACUGAUGCCGAUGCCACCACGUACUUCACCAGGUUGAUCGAGUCCAGCCUGGGCAGCGUGGCCACCAAGCUCAACUUCUUCAUCCACAACCUGGCGCAGAUGAAGUUCACGGGCUCCGACGCCCGCCCCACGCUUUCCUUUGCCCCCCGCACGCACACCAUCAAGACAUCCGGCCGGAUCCGCGACGUCUUCCUCUGCCGCCACGAGAGGGUCUUCAACCCCAGCAAGGGCUACACCUACGUGGUGAAGGUGCAGCGGGAGAGCCCAAGCGAGGUGGUGUUUGUGCAGCGCACCUUCGAGGAGUUCCAGGAGCUGCACAACAAGCUGCGUCUCCUCUUCCCCUCCUCGCUGCUGCCCAGCUUCCCCAGCAGGUUCGUCAUCGGCCGGUCGCGGGGAGAGGCGGUGGCCGAGAGGAGGAAGGAGGAACUCAACGGCUACAUCUGGCACCUCAUCCACGCCACGCCCGAGGUGGCCGAGUGUGACCUCAUCUACACCUUCUUCCAUCCACUGCCGAGGGAUGAGAAGGCGGCCGGCACCAGCCCGGCACCAAAGCCAGCAGACGCCACGUGGGCUCGUCCCCUGGGGAAGGUCGGCGGCGAGGUGAAGCUCUCCAUCUCCUACAAGAACAACAAGCUCUUCAUCAUGGUGAUGCACAUCCGGGGGCUGCAGCCCCUCCAGGACGGCAAUGACCCCGACCCCUACGUCAAGACUUACCUGCUGCCCGACCCCCAGAAAACCACCAAGAGGAAAACCAAAGUGGCCCGAAAAACCUGCAACCCCACCUACAAUGAGAUGCUGGUCUACGACGGGGUCCCCCGGGGGGACCUGCAGCAGCGGGAGCUGCGGCUGAGCGUGCUGAGCGAGGAAGGCUUUUGGGAGAACAUCCUCCUCGGGGAGGUCGGCAUCCGCCUGCGGGACCUCGACCUGGCGCAGGAGAAGAUGGGCUGGUUCGCCCUGGGCUCCCGUGGCCAUGGUACCCUCUGA